UCAAUAAAAUUUUAGACUCAUUACUUUGGAAGAGUAGGUUAUUGUGUGCGAUUUUCAAUCCUACUAAUUGAUUCAUCAAUCAAGAUUCUCUAAUAUCACCAAGUGUAGAUAGAACGAAAGGAAAUGUGAGUAAUGCUGGUUGAAGAAUGAGCUCGAUCGAAAUGAUACCCCAAAAGAAAAGAAAAGAAAAUGAUCAAUGUAUGCGUGCCUAUCUCAAAUGUUCUUUGAAAAAGCAGUAAGCAUCAAAAAUGAACACACAUGCGUAUCCCGGAAGUCGAACUCGGGUCUAAUACAAAGUAAGAUUCAUGGGUUCGCAUUAAACAAUUGUUCGACUCACACAAGGAGCUAAAUUAAAAAAAAAAAUAAGGCUAAAAGGAGGAGUUUAUUGAGGAUCGCUAUUGCUAUUAUGGAACCACUCCUAAUUCACAAGAUCCUUAACCUGUUUAUUCCUCCUAUCAUUUUCAUCAUUCUCUGUAUCAUCACACCUCCGUAUUACCUCUUCAAGCUUCUCAACUCCAUCCUAAUCAAACCUCUUUUCUUCGUCGAAAACAUGGCCGGGAAAGUUGUUUUAGUUACUGGUGCUUCAUCCGGCAUUGGAGAGCAACUUGUCUAUGAAUAUGCAAGACGAAAAGCUCUCCUAGUCAUUGUUGCAAGAAGAACGAAUCUUCUUGAAGAAGUUGCAAAGAAAGCCCGUGAAUUCGGCUCCCCUGAUGUUUUAGUUGUAUGCGCAGAUGUUACUAAAGUCGAUGAUUGUGAACGAUUUAUUGAAGAAACUAUAAACUACUUCGGACGUUUGGAUCAUUUGGUGAAUAAUGCCGGAAUCACUAGUGUAUGCCCAUUUAAGGAAGUCAAGAACAUACUCAAUUUUGCGCCUAUAAUGGAUGUUAACUUUUGGGGAUCAGUUUAUCCUACUCAUUUUGCAAUUCCACACCUUCAAAAGAGCAAAGGUAGAAUUGUUGUGAUUGCUUCAGUCAACGGAUGGCUGCCUGCACCGAGACUUACCUUCUAUGCUUCUAGUAAAGCUGCAUUGAUAAACUUCUAUGAUACACUAAGAGUUGAGCUACAACCUGAUGGAGUCAAAAUCACGAUAGCGUCUCCAGGUGUAACCGAUUCAGAGAUGAGCCAAGGAAAGACCUUAAGCAAGGAGGGUGUAAUGCAAGUUGACAAAGAUCUCAUGGAUGGCAUGAUUGAAACGUUCUUGUUAGGCAUGCCGGUUAUUAGUUCAAAGUUAUGUGCAAAGACGAUUGUCAAUGGAGCAUGCAGAGGAGAGAGAUCGAUUACUGAACCAGCGUAUUUUGGAGCAUUUUAUCUAGUGGAAGUGUUUUGCCCAGAGAUGUACCAUUGGAUUUUCACGUGGAUUGACUCUCGCAAACCUGUUAUUAAGAACCAUUCUAAUAAUAUUACUAGUACAGCUGUUAUUGAGCAGAGCUAAAAGGAAAACAAACUGAUGUACCAGGUAAUUUAAAUCCUAUUGUCGUGACUGGUGAUAAACUGUAACUUUUAUCAUUCUUGGUGAAAACAAUGUAAAAAAUCAUGCAUGUGGUUGGUGUCUUUGUAGGUGAUAUGUAUUCAAGACUCUUAUAUAGUCAAUGCAACUCUUGUAUCUACCAGAGAUUUUACUAACGGAACU